UCUCUGAUCAUCAUUCUAUCCACUCCCAGCUCCAGAGUCCAAGGGUCCAAGUGGUGGGUGGGGUGAACAGAGCUGAGCACUACAGAAGGAGUCCGUGCUGCUCAGUGGACAGCAUGAAGUUUGAGGAUCUGCUGGACCAGGUGGGAGGCUUUGGGCUCUUCCAGCUAAGGAAUCUGGUGCUGCUGGCUCUGCCCCGCCUGCUGCUGCCCAUGAACUUCCUUGUGCCCAUUUUCUUGGCAGCUGUGCCAGCCCACCGCUGCACUCUGCCUGGCACCCCUGCCAACAUCAGCCACCAGGAUGCAUGGCUAGAGGCCUACCUGCCCCGGGAGCCUGAUGGCUCGCUCAGCUCCUGCCUCCGCUUCGCCCACCCCAGGGCCCUCCCCAACACCACGUUGGGGGAAGGGGGGCAAAGCCCUGGGGAGGUGAAUGGAGAGCCCGCCAAAGUGCCCUGCCCUGAGGGCUGGGACUACGAUCACUCCGUGUUUUCCUCCACCAUUGCAACUGAGUGGGACCUGGUAUGUGAGCAGAAAGGCCUGAACAGAGCCAUUUCCACUUUCUUCUUCAUUGGUGUGCUGCUGGGGGCCGUGGUCUUCGGAUACCUAGCUGACAGGUUUGGGCGCCGCCGGCUGCUGCUGGUAGCCUAUGUGACCUCCCUGGUGCUGGGCCUGGCUUCGGCAGCCUCCGUCAACUACAUCAUGUUCGUCAUCAUCCGCACCCUCACUGGUGCAGCCUUGGCGGGUUUCACUAUCAUUGUGAUGCCCCUGGAACUGGAGUGGCUGGACGUGAGACACCGCACAGUAGCAGGUGUGCUGAGCAGUACCUUCUGGUCAGGGGGCGUGAUGCUGCUGGCCCUGGUCGGGUACCUGAUACGGGACUGGCGAUGGCUCCUGCUGGCUGUUACCCUGCCUUGUGUCCCAGGAAUCUUCAGCCUCUGGUGGGUGCCUGAGUCUGCGCGCUGGCUUCUGACACAGGGCCGUGUAGAGGAGGCCCACAAAUACCUGCUCCGUUGUGCCAGGCUCAAUGGGCGGCCUGUGGGUGAGGAUGGACCAACCAGGGAGGCUCUGAACAAAGUGGCAGCAGGGGAGCAGGUGGUACAAAAACCCUCCUACUUAGACUUGUUCCGGACGCCCCGGCUGCGACAUAUCUCCUUGUGCUGCAUGGUGGUGUGGUUUGGGGUGAACUUCUCCUACUAUGGCCUCAGCCUGAAUGUGUCAGGGCUGGGUUUGAAUGUGUACCAGACACAGCUGUUAUUUGGGGCAGUGGAGCUGCCCUUCAAGCUGCUGGUCUACCUGUCAGCUCGCUACAUCGGACGCCGCCUCACAGAGGCAGGAGCGCUAAUGGGCACCGCCCUGGCCUUGGGCAUCAGGCUGCUGCUGCCCUCUGAGAUGGGGGCCUGGAACACCACCCUGGCAGUGAUGGGGAAAGGUUUUUCUGAAGCUGCUUUUACCACUGUCUACCUGUUCACAUCGGAACUAUACCCUACUGUGCUCAGACAGACAGGGUUGGGGCUGACUGCACUGGUGGGUCGCCUGGGGGGGUCUUUGGCCCCACUGGCAGUCUUGCUGGAUGGAGUAUGGCUGCCACUGCCCUCGAUCACUUAUGGGGGCAUCGCCCUGCUGGCCUCCUGCACUGCCCUUCUGCUGCCAGAGACAAAGCAGGAACAGCUGCCAGAGACCAUCCAGGAUGUGGAGGGGAAGAGUGCCUCAUCCAUCCCUCAGGAGGAGAUGCCUAUGAAGCAGGUCCAGGACUGAAUGGGACUAGAAGCUCUGCAGCAGAGCAGGCCCUGUGACAUGGCUGGGGCAUGAAGCCUCUGCCUAGAGCUGGGGGUGUCACCAGUGCCCCCUUUCUGUGCUCAUCUAGCCUUGACUACUUGACCUCCAGCAACAGUAUGACUUCCCAAAAUGCUGGAACUUCUCUGGCAUCCCUCUCACGGCUGGGGUGAUUCUGUAAAUAAAAGAUGCCCCUAGG